AUGGAGUAUAGAGAACCUGGAGUCUCAGAUAAAAUCAAUGAAGAUAAUGUUGAGACAAGAGACACUGAAGGCGAGAAGGCUGUUGAAAAUACUUCAGGAGUUGGAACCUCAAGCAAUGACUCGGGGCAGUCAUUCAAAGGCAAAAAUCCUCGGAAAAGGACGAUGCUACGAGACUAUGAUAACUUACUGACAAAGACCCAAAAUGUAGCCAACAGUGUCAACAGCUCUGUUGUAUCAGAGAAUGAAUGA